CUGCUCUCUCACUCCGUAUAAUCACAGACGAGCCGGCAAGAGCAACCCAGUAUUCCAGUGUUUCAGUUGGAGCUCAGACACACACACACACACACAAGUCCACAUACACGCUCACAGAAACACACACACGGGAGAUAAGAGAGAAGAAGCCAGCUAACGCCACAGCUGCCUCGGCUGCCCCUGAUGUUUCAGCCCAGAUGGCGGGGAACUGUGAAGGGGAGCAUGUGCUGACGGGUCUGGACGAGGAGGCCAUCAUUGACCUCGGGAAGACCAGCUCCACCACCAACACCAACUAUGAGACGGAAGACCUGGAGAGCCACAGGGCGGUCUAUGUCGGGGUCCAUGUGCCGCUGGGCCGGGAGAGCAAACGCAGGCACCACGGCAGAGGCCACAAACACCACCGCAAGAGGAGGGAGCAGGAGGAGGACCGCGAGGAGGAGGACCCCACUUAUGACACACCCUCCCAGCGGGUGCAGUUCAUCCUGGGUACCGAGGAUGAUGAUGUGGAGCACGUCCCCCAUGACCUUUUCACCGAGUUGGACGAGCUGUCUUUCAGGGACGGGAGCGCCACUGAGUGGAAGGAGACCGCCAGGUGGUUGAAGUUUGAGGAGGACGUGGAAGAUGGAGGGGAGCGUUGGAGCAAGCCCUACGUGGCCACCCUGUCUCUACACAGCCUGUUUGAGCUGAGGAGCUGCAUCCUCAACGGAACCGUCAUGCUGGACAUGAGGGCCACCUGUAUCGAGGAGAUUGCAGACAUGUUGAUUGACAGCAUGGUGGCGUCUGGCCAGCUGAAGGAGGAGCUGCGUCAGAAGGUGCGCGAGGCCAUGUUGAAGAGACACCACCACCAGAACGAGAGGAAGCUCAGCAACCGCAUACCGCUGGUGCGAUCAAUCGCCGACAUAGGCAAGAAACAUUCAGACCCGUUCUUGCUUGAGAGAAAUGGGGAGGGCCUCUCUGCCUCCCGCCACUCCCUGAAGCCGGGGGCCUCCGUCUCCAACCUGUCCCAGAGGCGAGAGUCCCGGGUCUCCAUCCUCCUCAACCUCCUCCUGCCAAACUCCUCCUCCGCCGGGGGGCCCUCCACCGGACCCUCGCCCCUCACCACCCCCCAGAACACGCCUCCUACUCCCCGCCGCUCCCCAAACCCUCCCCGCGCUUCUGGCCCCGCCCCGGUCCGCCAGGACAUCCCUGAGGUGGUGGUGUCACCGCCUGAGGACGACGAGUCUCCACCCGCCGCCAUUACGAAGGAUGAGGAGGCGUAUUCCGCUCGGCAACCGUCGCUGCAGACUAGAGGGCUCCAGCAGCUGCCCUUAGAAGGGCCACUGAUAUCCACACACUCUGUCCCCAGUAACCUGGAUAGCAGCAGCAAGGCCGGAGACAGGAGGCCCUCCAAAGUUGGGGUGGACACGAACUUCAUGAAGAAGAUUCCUCCGGGCGCUGAGGCGUCCAACGUGCUGGUAGGUGAGGUGGACUUCCUGGAGAAGCCCAUCAUCGCCUUCGUACGCCUGUCUCCCGCCGUCCUCAUCACAGGGCUCACGGAGGUGCCCGUGCCCACCAGAUUUCUGUUCCUGCUACUGGGUCCACACGGGAAAGGCCCUCAGUACCAUGAGAUUGGCAGAUCCAUGGCCACACUGAUGACAGAUGAGAUAUUCCAUGAUGUAGCGUACAAAGCCAAAGACCGGACGGACCUGCUGUCUGGGAUAGAUGAAUUUCUGGACCAGGUGACAGUUCUGCCCCCAGGAGAAUGGGACCCCACGAUACGAAUCGAACCCCCCAAGAACGUCCCAUCGCAGAUGAAGAGGAAGAUACCCUCCCAGCCCAAUGGGUCGGCCUCACUCUCUGGGGAGAUGUUGGAGGAGGAUGAAGGCCACGGAGCUGGGCCCGAGCUGCAGAGAACCGGACGGAUCUUUGGAGGCCUGGUGAUGGAUAUAAAGCGGAAGGCCCCAUUCUACUGGAGCGACAUCCGGGACUCGUUGAACCUGCAGUGUCUGGCCUCCAUCCUGUUCCUCUACUGCGCCUGCAUGUCCCCUGUCAUCACCUUCGGAGGGCUGCUGGGCGAGGCCACAAAGGGCAACAUAAGUGCCAUAGAGUCUCUGUUUGGGGCGUCCCUCACAGGAGUGGCUUUCUCUCUGUUUGCGGGGCAGCCCCUCACUAUCCUGGGCAGCACGGGGCCUGUCCUGGUUUUCGAGAAGAUCCUCUUUAAGUUCUGCAAGGACUACGGCCUGUCCUACCUGUCUCUGAGGACCAGCAUCGGCCUGUGGACGGCCUUCCUCUGCCUGGUCCUGGUGGCCACAGACGCUAGCUCCCUGGUCUGUUACAUCACCCGCUUCACAGAGGAGGCCUUCGCCGCGCUCAUCUGCAUCAUCUUCAUCUACGAGGCCCUGGAGAAGCUCUUCCAGCUGGGGGAACACUACCCCGUCAACAUGCACAACGAGCUGGACAACCUCACACUCUACUCGUGUCAGUGUUCUCCACCGGCCAACGCCUCCGCUCAGAUCUUGCAGACGUGGAACCAGACAGGACACACACCAGACUCUAUCUCCUGGAACAGCCUCAACGUAUCGAUGUGUAACCUGCUCCAUGGAGAGUUUGCUGGUCCUGCCUGUGGUCACCACGGCCCCUACAUCCCAGAUGUCCUCUUCUGGUCCAUCAUCCUCUUUUUCACCACCUUCUUCCUCUCCUCUUUUCUCAAGGAGAUCAAGACCGAGCGAUACUUCCCUACAAAGGUGCGCUCCACCAUCAGUGACUUUGCCGUGUUUCUGACCAUUAUGAUCAUGGUGCUGGUGGACUAUCUAAUGGGCAUCCCCUCUCCUAAACUCAACGUACCCGACCGCUUUGAGCCUACCUCCAAGCAUCGUGGCUGGCUGAUCUCCCCGCUGGGCCCCAACCCCUGGUGGACCCUGCUGGUGGCGGCGCUGCCCGCUCUGCUCUGCACCAUCCUCAUCUUCAUGGACCAGCAGAUCACCGCCGUCAUCAUCAACCGCAAGGAGCACAAGCUCAAAAAAGGCUGUGGCUACCAUCUGGACUUGCUGGUGGUGGCGGUAAUGCUGGGGGUUUGCUCAAUCAUGGGCCUGCCCUGGUUCGUAGCCGCCACCGUGCUCUCCAUCUCCCACGUCAACAGCCUCAAGGUGGAGUCGGGCUGCUCGGCGCCAGGAGAACAGCCCAAGUUCCUGGGCAUCAGAGAGCAGAGAGUCACCGGCUUCAUGAUCUUUGUCCUCAUGGGCUGCUCUGUCUUCAUGACCUCCGCACUCAAGUUCAUUCCUAUGCCAGUGCUAUACGGAGUCUUCCUCUACAUGGGAGUCUCUUCACUCAAAGGCAUUCAAUUCUUUGACCGUAUCAAGUUGUUUGGUAUGCCAGCCAAGCACCAGCCUGACCUGAUCUACCUGCGCUACGUUCCCCUGUGGAAGGUCCAUGUAUUCACCCUGGUGCAGCUCACCUGCCUCAUACUGCUGUGGGUCAUCAAGGCCUCGGCAGCUGCCGUCGUAUUCCCAAUGAUGGUGCUGGCCCUCGUCUUCAUUCGGAAGCUUCUCGACUUUUUCUUUACCAAGAGGGAGCUCAGCUAUCUGGACGACUUGAUGCCCGAGAGCAAGAAGAAGAAAGAGGAUGACAAGAAGAAGAAGGAGAGGGAGAAACGGGAGGCCCAGGCUUUAUUGCUCAUAGAAGAACAGGUGGGCGUGAAUGCUGUGAAGGUCCAUUAUGACGGUGGGAACCUGCUCAAGAUCCCAGUCAAAACUCUCUCAGGGAGCUCAUGUGACCUCGGCAAUGUUAAUAUCUCUGAGGAAAUGGCCAAAAGCGGGGCAUGCAAAGCAGUGGCGAUGAGCGCCGACUUCGGCCCAUCUAUGAAGCGUAGCCAAAGCCAGGAGAAGGUGGCCUGUGUUAGAGUCAAUAUGGACACCACCGAGGCAGGAGGGCAGAGUUCAGCCUUGGAGACGGCCUUGUGAUUGAGGAGACCUUUGUCCUACCACCCCCUAACCCCACAGAGGGCCACUCUGUUACAGUGAGCAAGGUGAGCUAGACCUGGAGCAGAGAAGUUAGACUGGUCUCUGGAGAAGCCCCUUUUGUGUGUCUCCUCGGUCAACAGUUGAGCUCCAGUUACCUCCAGUGGUCCAGUGUAGUUCUGGGGAUCCCGAGGCCCCCUCAGCACACAGAGGACUAACUUACUUGCAGUGGAGAGCACAUUGCUAGGAUAUAAAUGAACCAGACUGACACUGCCCACCGACCCCCACCAUUUUGGAUCAUACUCCAAUGUGAACCAAUUAUUUCCCACCCAUUGCCACAGCUGCCAAAAGAUGGGGCCACCACUGCCACACUGAUGCGGAAUCUUCUUCGAUUGUCAUGUAUGCGUGAAUUUACUUAAUUUUAAAAGGUAUAUUUUCUCAUCAAAAUUUGAAGCGAUAUUUUGUAAAAAUUAAAUAAAUUAAGAUUCACAUCCUGAGACAUUCUGGUCUCUGUCAAAUAAUAUAUAUUUACUUUAAAUGUACUAUACACAAACCAGCUACACCAGCUCCAGAAGCAUGUCACUUAAGCAAUGAUUCAGGUUGUUAUUUCUGUGAUUUCAACCGUGCAAACUGGUUACAUCAUGACGAGACACUGGUGAUCUAAACUGUUGCAAACCAAAAAAAGAAUGUAGACAUUCAAGCAUCUAUACCCCAUAAUCUUUCUUGGUUGUGAAACAUUGACAGAAAGGUUGGGAGUGGCAACCUCUUUUUACUGCCCUUGUACUGUAUCCGUACUGUAUACUCUGCAAGUUGCAUUCUCAGUAUUGAUAUCGCUGCUCAGAUCAAGUUGUUGAGUAAUUUUUUUGUUUGUCACUGUUGUGCUGUUUUAGUGGAAUUGUGUGCUUUUUAUGUUUUAAUGGACAAUUUAAAAAAAUACUAAUUUAAGGUUAAGGAAGUGAUGAUAUGAAUAUUACAAUAAGCACAUUAAAUUUGUUUGCCAGUAGGAAUUAGUGCACAGGCCUGAAUUGAGUUAAAAACAUUGAAUCUGAAGAUUCACAGAACUGUUGCUGAAAUGUCUAGAAAAAGCAACGACUCAGGAAUCUACAUGAUUUCUGAUUGUGGAAAGUUCUUUACUCUCAUUUGUCUCACUACUCAUACCGUAUUUCAAUAGAAUAGCGUAUUUCUCUAUUGUUGGGACAAUUUUUUUGAUAAACAGAAAAAAAACCCCAUCUAAAUUACUGUGCCGUUCAGUUUUCUUCUAAUAGCAAUGAACGUUAUUCUGUGCAGUAAAACUGUAUUGUACAAAUUAUGCUGCACAUGUUUUAAUACUUGUCACAUGUAAAAAGUAAGUUCAGUAUUACAGACAUUUCCAAAAAAUGAGUCGUAAAAUGUAUUGCAAUUAUAUAUUUCUAAUUUGCUUAGCACACAUGCUCCUGAUUUAGCAAUAAUAGACGAGUGAUGUGAGUACAAAGCGAUGUGUGGAGUGAUGGUUCUAUUGAGCUGUCUAGGGGGUUUGUCAAACCCCAUCCACUUUGUGUGUCUGCUCUAUUGACUAUGUUAGUGUGUCGCUGAUUUAUACAGACAAUAGCUUAUGUGCCUUGUGAAUGCUCUUUGUGUCUUUUAGUCAUACUGUAAUCAAACUUUUCAGGUAGUACAUACAAACACACAGCAGUAAUGAUCUGAAUGUUUUUGUGAAAAUCAUAUCCUCUUCAACCAAACCGGCAAACUGAACUGAUUAAUAAGUUACAAAUAUUAACUCAUUAGUACUUCAUUGUACCCAUUUUCUGUCAAGAUAUGUACUGUAUGUUUAUGUCACAGAUGUAGUGUUUGUUCACAAAUAGGAAGAACUGUAAUGUACUGUAAUCAAAUAGAUUGUUUUAUGCAAUAUCAGUGAAUGUGCACCGAAUUACUGCAACUUUAAUAACACUGGUGAAAAUGACAGAAGCCUGGUACAUUUUUUUUUUUUUUUUACAAAAUAAUAAUUUGAAUAAUUUUAGUUUGAACAGAAUUCAGAUAAAAUGUUGGCUAUUUCAAGUCAUUACAAAUAUUGUCUUGGUGAUCCUAUAUGUGCGAAGUAGGUACCACAAUUCAAUGUAGAACACAAAUGGUAUUGCAGUGCAAUGGAUUCGAUGUUUAUUAUAUGAUCUGUACCAUAGAAACAGGGUGUUCUUUAGGAUAAUAUGCCAUUUAGCAGACGGUUUUUCCCAAAGCAACUUUAGCAGACGGUUUUUCCCAAAGCAACAAGUCAUGCGGGCAUACAUUUUACGUUUGGGUGGUCCAGGGAAUUGAACCCACCACCCUGGCGUUACAAGCACCAUGCUCUACCAACUGAGCUACAAAGGACCACUUUAGGACCAUAUACAGUGGGGCAAAAAAGUAUUUAGUCAGCCACCAAUUGUGCAUGUUCUCCCACUUAAAAAGAUGAGGCCUGUAAUUUUCAUCAUAGGUACACUUCAACUAUGACAGACAAAAUGAGAAAAAAAACUGAAAAUAAUUGUAGGAUUUUUAAUGAAUUUAUUUGCAAAUUAUGGUGGAAAAUAAGUAUUUGUUCACCUACAAACAAGCAAGAUUUCUGGCUCUCACAGACCUGUAACUUCUUCUUUAAGAGGCUACUCUGUCCUCCACUCGUUACCUGUAUUAAUGGCACCUGUUUGAACUUGUUAUCAGUAUAAAAGACACCUGUCCACAACCUCAAACUGUCACACUCCAAACUCCACUAUGGCCAAGACCAAAGAGCUGUCAAAGGACACCAGAAACAAAAUUGUAGACCUGCACCAGGCUGGGAAGACUGAAUCUGCAAUAGGUAAGCAGCUUGGUUUGAAGAAAUCAACUGUGGGAGCAAUUAUUAGGAAAUGGAAGACAUACAAGACCACUGAUAAUCUCCCUCGAUCUAGGGCUCCACGCACGAUCUUACAACGUGGGGUCAAAAUGAUCACAAGAACGGUGAGCAAAAAUCCCAGAACCACACGGGGGGCCUAGUGAAUGAUCUGCAGAGAGCUGGGACCAAAGUAACAAAGCCUACCAUCAGUAACACACUAUGCCGCCAGGGACUCAAAUCCUGCAGUGCCAGACGUGCCCCCCUGCUUAAGCCGGUACAUGUCCAGGCCCGUUUGCUAGAGAGCAUUUGGAUGAUCCAGAAGAAGAUUGGGAGAAUGUCAUAUGGUCAGAUGAAACCAAAAUAGAACAUUUUGGUAAAAACUCAACUCGUCGUGUUUGGAGGACAAAGAAUGCUGAGUUGCAUCCAAAGAACACCAUACCUACUGUGAAGCAUGGGGGUGGAAACAUCAUGCUUUGGGGCUGUUUUUCUGCAAAGGGACCAGGACGACUGAUCCGUGUAAAGGAAAGAAUGAAUGGAGCAAUGUAUCGUGAGAUUUUGAGUGAAAACCUCCUUCCAUCAGCAAGGGCAUUGAAGAUGAAACGUGGCUGGGUCUUUCAGCAUGACAAUGAUCCCAAACACACCGCCUGGGCAACGAAGGAGUGGCUUCGUAAGAAGCAUUUCAAGGUCCUGGAGUGGCCUAGCCAGUCUCCAGAUCUCAACCCCAUAGAAAAUCUUUGGAGGAAGUUGAAAGUCCAUGUUGCCCAGCAACAGCGCCAAAACAUCACUGCUCUCUAGAGGAGAUCUGCAUGGAGGAAUGGGCCAAAAUACCAGCAAGUGUGUGAAAACCUUGUGAAGACUUACAGAAAACAUUUGACCUCUGUCAUUGCCAACAAAGGGUAUAUAACAAAGUAUUGAGAUAAAUCUUUGUUAUUGACCAAAUACGUAUUUUCCACCAUAAUUUGCAAAUAAAUUCAUUAAAAAUCCUACAAUGUGAUUUUCUGGAUUUUUUUUGUAAUUUUGUCUGUCAUAGUUGAUGAUUUUUUUUAAAUUUAUUUUUAUUUUACCUUUAUUUAACCAGGCAAGUCAGUUAAGAACACAUUCUUAUUUUCAAUGAUGGCCUGGGAACAGUGGGUUAACUGCCUGUUCAGGGGCAGAACGACAGAUUUGUACCUUGUCAGCUUGGGGUUUGAACUCGCAACCUUCCGGUUACUAGUCCAACGCUCUAACCACUAGGCUACGCGGCCUCAUCUUUUUAAGUGGGAGAACUUGCACACUUGGUGGCUGACUAAAUACUUUUUUCCCCCACUGUAUUACACUGACCUCACUACUGCUGUCAGUCAAGCACAGAAAAUACUCCUGUCAUGUUGUUGAAUACCAUACCAUAACAGGAUGUAAAAAAAAAAAACUUUUUACUUUGCUGAUAGAAAGCAAUAAAAAGUGUGUAAAAUGUC